UUUCAUAUUUUUCCCUAGUAAUUUUCCCCUUGUGCGGCUAUUCCACCCCACGACGAACCUGCGCAUCUCUCUCUCUCUCUCGCGCGCCGCUUUUCUCUCAGCCAGCCCUGCAGGGUUUUGCAUAAUUUAGCUCUUUUUCUCCGCCCACAAUGGGUAAAGCUAAAAAGGGACCAAAGUUUGCUGUUAUGAAGAAGAUUGUCACUUCCAAAGCAAUCAAAAGCUACAAAGAAGAGGUUUUGAACCCAGAAAAGAAGAAUCUUAUGAAGGAAAAGUUACCCAGAAAUGUUCCAACUCAUUCUUCAGCGCUUUUCUUUCAAUACAACACUGCACUGGGACCCCCUUAUCGUGUUUUGGUGGACACCAACUUCAUCAAUUUCUCGAUCCAAAAUAAAUUGGAUCUGGAGAAAGGGAUGAUGGACUGCUUAUAUGCAAAAUGCACCCCUUGUAUUACGGACUGUGUGAUGGCAGAACUCGAGAAGUUAGGCCAAAAAUAUCGUGUAGCUCUAAGGAUUGCCAAGGAUCCUCGAUUUGAGAGAAUACUAUGUACUCAUAAAGGGACCUAUGCUGAUGACUGCCUUGUUGAGAGAGUUACUCAGCACAAGUGCUACAUUGUUGCAACAUGUGAUCGGGACUUGAAGAGGAGAAUUCGGAAGAUUCCCGGUGUUCCAAUAAUGUACAUCACCAAACGCAAGUACUCGAUUGAGCGAUUGCCUGAAGCAACAAUUGGUGGAGCUCCAAGAAUUUGAUGCAGUAAAACUAAAACAGGCAGAGCUGGCUAUAACAAUAAUAUUGAUACUAAUUUCUUGGUCGUGAAGUAUGAAAUCCUGCUACAGUACCUAGCAUAUUCGGUCUUUUGCUGGCUGGGCUGAAUUCUAUCGGAAGCUUGAGACUUGAACAAAAGCAUCACUUCAAUGGUUUAUACCUGAAAUUUUCUUAGUGUAAGUUGGUAGAUUUAGGUUCUGUCAAAUUUUGUUUUCCUCAUAUUGCCUAUCUAAUGUAUCAUGGUAAACCUUGGAGAGUGUCUGAACUAUGAUGACAUUUUCAUAGUUCUGGGCUUGUGGCAAUUAACUCUCUUGAAACGAUACUUUUUUUUGUUGCAAGAGAAAAACCUUAUUUUCCUUGAAUCUAAAUUUUAUUAGUUUCAAGCUUGACAUGCCAGAAGACUGAGUUGGAAACUGGAAAUUUCAAAAUCACUGUUUUUCUUCUUUAAA